AUGCACGGUUCUCUAUCCCAGGUGCUGGAUUACUCGUGGGAUUAUGUUACUUCCCUCUUUUGGGCACGUUAUCCCAAUCCCUAUGCUUCUCAUGUUCUUCAUGAAGAUGUUCUCGAAAGGCUUCUUAUUGAUGAUCACACAUUGUACACAAAACGAAUUAUAGUCAAGCGAGGAUUCGGUAAAAUUCCCUUUUGGCUGAGAAAGCUUUUGGCAAAUCGAAAGGAACUAAUUGUUGAAGAGUCCAUAAUUGAUCUGGGAAAGAGGGAGAUCCUUACAAGGACGCGCAAUUUCGGCGGUCUCGCUCGCUAUGCUGUUUUGACCGAGGACUGCCGUUACGUCCCAAUGUUAAGGGAUCCUAGCUCCACUCAGAUUGACCGCUAUUUUGUACUGCAAUCCUCCCUCGGAGUCAAAAUUUUGCACCCCUUAUGGUCAUUCCUAAAACGUCGAUACACUAAUUCUGCUGAGAGAUCACUCCAAGGUUACCGGUUUAUCUGUCAACAGUUUGCUGGUCAACUAGACUCUCAUCCGAAUGCUGUCUUAUCGCCAUCCAAAAUCGCCUGCCGCCUUAAGGAUUUUGCUCUUAACAAACGACCACGAUUACUGCUUGCACAAGCUGGCAGUAAAAAUUCGGACUAG